AUGGCCUACCAGUUCUUCGCUAAGCAGUCUCGGUCGUCCCCCUCGCCUGCAUCGCCCCCUCCAGGCGCUGGCAGAGCGACGACCAGGCCUCCCAUCCACCCGCCGCCGCUCCACCCGCCUCAAUCGGCUGUCGCGGCGGCAUCCAAGCCGAAGACACCUGCACAGGAGCAGGCCUUCCAGCCAUAUCCACAUUCGAUUCCCUCUGGCUACGUGACUCCUCAUCCACAUAUUACGGUCGAGUCUAUCCGGACUGCACAUAUCCCUUCCCUGACCCGGAUUACGGGUCUGCUCCUUCCAAUCCGUUACCCCAGCUCCUUCUAUACUGCCACGAUCACAGACCCCGUUAUUACGUCUCUGUCGCGCGUCGCCAUUUACCAUGACCAUCCUGUCGUGUCAGCUCCAGCGUCCACGCCUGCAUCGGUAGCUCUUGGGUCCAGUGCGUCAGCGGGGACAGACAAGGUGAUCGGCGGGAUCCGCUGCCGCCUGGAGAGAGUGUCUCCGUCGACCGAAGAGCAGACUCACCAGCCGACAAACCUCUACAUCCAAACUCUGCACCUUCUCUCUCCAUACCGGGGGCACGGCGUGGCUGCUUCAUUGUUGAAUUCAUUGCUUUUCGCUUCGCCGCCAGACUCAGAAGGCAAAUAUAGAGUCUCGGAGCUAGUGAAACAUUACAACAUCCGCAGCGUGACUGCACAUGUCCACGAGGCGAACGAGGAAGGAUUGAACUGGUACAUUGCGCGAGGUUUUCAAGUUGAAUCUGCUGUAGUCGAGGGAUACUAUCGUCGGUUGCAGCCAUCUGGAGCGAGAAUCGUCCGGUUAGCUGUACAGUGGUCCGAAGAAGAUGAACAUACGUCUGCAAUGGGUGAUGAUACAUGCAACACUACAUUGCCCAAUGACCCAGAUGAUGAAGAUUGGGAGAAGGUCGAGGCUGAGGAUGGCGACGAAGGUGACCAUGGCGUGCAGCCAUUAAACGAGUCCCGGGUUUGGGACAGGGAUGAUCCAGGCUCGAGGAAGAGGAAGGCAGAGGAGGAUGAGCACCAGUCGGCCUCGCGGCGGUGA